AUGGGCCUACAGGGGAGGUGGUCACGGAACAACCUAGUUCCGCCGAACCAAUCAGGGUCAGGACUCACUCUCAAAGCUGAAUUCUCGGGCAUUAACCGCCUUAUCGUCUACCUCGACCAAUUUCGAGUAUGCGCCGCAAAGCUCAUUGCCCAACGAGAUCCGUGUGAGGAAGCUAUUAAAGUAGUUAAUAUGUUUGACUACGACCAGGAUGGUAUUAUUUCAGUCGAAGCUAUUGAGCAACUAGCUCAGGAAAUCACGGAUGAACGUACAAUGCCAAAAGAAGAGAUUGACAAUAUGAUAGAUUUUCUCGAUCACAAUGGCAAAGGCGGAGUAAAUCUCGAAGAGUUUAUAUAG